UACAAAACACAACCCGCAGACGCCGUCGUCGCCUUCCUUCUCCGUCCACGCCCGCCGCCGCAGCAGCAAGCAGCUCUUCCUCCCGCGACUCAUUCGAUCGCACCCACCGAUUCACGUUUGGGCGGCGGCGGCGGUUCCCGAGAAGCUAGGGCUCGUCGUUCGCAGAUGGGAAAGAACGAGAAGACGGGGCUGGGUCGGGCUCUGGUGAGGCACCACAACCAGAUGAUCCAGCAGUCCAAGGAGAAGGGCCGGUCCUACCGGAGCAAGAAGGUCCUCGAGUCGGUCACCGACGUCAGCAACAUCGACGCCGUCAUCGAGCAGGGCGAGGAGGAGGCGGAGCUCCUCCUCGCCGCCGCCGCCGCCCGCUCCUGCCCCGACCUGCCUAUCAGACUGGACUCUGGUUCUAGCACCAUUGGUAUGACUCCUGAAAAGAGGAGAGAAGAACAGAGGAAAGAGGAAGCUCUACAUACUAGUAGCCUCCGCAUUCCACGAAGGCCACCAUGGAGCGCUUCAAUGUCUGUAGAAGAGCUUGAUACCAAUGAAAGACAAGCUUUCUUAGUUUGGCGUAGAAGCCUUGCGAGGCUUGAGGAGAAUGAAAUGCUUGUUCUUACUCCAUUUGAGAAGAACCUUGAUAUCUGGAGACAACUUUGGCGUGUGGUUGAACGCAGUGAUUUGCUUGUAAUGGUUGUAGAUGCUCGAGAUCCACUGUUCUACCGAUGUGCCGAUCUUGAGGCCUAUGCUCAAGAAACUGACAAGUACAAAAGGACAUUGCUUCUUGUCAACAAGGCAGAUCUCUUGCCAUUUUCCGUGAGGGAGAAGUGGGCAAAGUUUUUCCACCUUCAUGAGAUUUUGUUUGUAUUCUGGUCUGCCAAAGCUGCUUCUGCAACACUGGAAGGGAAAAAGCUAGCUGCCCCCUGGAGAACGCAAAAUAAUAAUCAGGAAGAGAUGGAUGACCCUAGUACAAAAAUAUACGGUAGGGAAGAGCUUUUGGUUCGUUUACAGUUUGAGGCUGAAGAGAUUGCCAAGUUGCGAAGGGAAUCAGGGUCUAGCAGUACAGGUCCCUCGAAUGGUCACUCAGCUGGUGGAGACAACCUAUCUAAACCUGUUGUUGUUGGUUUCGUUGGAUAUCCUAAUGUGGGGAAGAGUUCAACAAUUAAUGCUUUGGUUGGUCAGAAGCGGACAGGUGUCACCUCUACUCCUGGGAAGACCAAGCAUUUCCAGACUUUGAUAAUAUCUGAUGAGCUCACUCUAUGUGAUUGCCCUGGAUUAGUAUUCCCGUCUUUUUCUAGCUCAAGACAAGAGAUGAUUGCCUGUGGGGUCUUGCCCAUUGAUCGGAUGACCGAACAUAGAGAGGCAGUGCAAGUAGUGGCCAAUCGAGUCCCAAGACAUGUCAUUGAGAAUGUAUAUAAAAUAAGUCUGCCAAAACCUAAGCCGUAUGAACCACAGGACCGGCCUCCCCUGGCUUCCGAAUUUCUGAGAGCUUACUGUGCCUCUCGAGGUUAUGUUGCCUCUAGUGGUUUGCCUGAUGAAACCCGAGCUGCACGCCAAAUCUUGAAAGAUUACAUUGAUGGGAAGCUACCUCACUACGAAAUGCCCCCUGGGAUGGGCGACGAAGGGUGUUAUGAUGGAGAUGCUGCGGAACCCAGUUUGAGUGAAGUGGCUGAAUCAGAAUCAUCCGACAACGAAAAUCCAUCAGAUAAUGAGGAUGAAAGCGAAAUUGGCCCUGUACUUGAUCAUGUACUUGAUGAUUUGAGUUCAUUUGACGUGGCUAAUGGGCUAUCUUCCAUGAAGGUAACCGUGAAAAAGCCAAAUGCGUCUCACAAGCACCAUAGAAAGCCCCAAAGGAAGAAAGACCGUUCUUGGAGAGUUGGGAACGACAACGGAGAUGGAAUGCCUGUCGUAAGAGUAUUUCAAAACCCAGCGAAUGGAGGUCCUGUAGUGGCUGGAUAGAGGCCUUGUUGGAAUUCCGGAUCAACUCCACGUCUUUAAGGACACCGUGUGCUGCUAUUUAUCUUCGCAACAUCGGGCAGCCCCGCACAUUACAUUGGCAUGCGCUGUUUUCGUCAGCUGCUAGGUUGUCAGCCGGAGGGUACGGUGAUAAGAGAGAGUAGGAUUUCGUCAGCUGCUCUAGUCUUAUGGCAUUAGGCAUGGCGGGCUGUAUCUGUUUGUUUGGAGGAAUGCAGGCAAGGCAUCCUUCAAACAUGGGAGUCCUUAUAAUGUAACUUGUCAUCUUUAUUUUGUAGUGCGUGUACCUCUGGUUUGGUGAAUUAUUUUUACAUAGCUUUCAGUUUUGUGGAAA